AAUUUCUACAGCAUUUUCAUUUCCUGUUUUUGAGUGUCUGGUUGGACUACUUAAACUCAACUUGUUAAACUUCAGUAAAUACUUAUCCUACGUGACUUGACUAUAAUUUCGCUUUUGGCCCAUAGGGAGGGAUAAAAAUGAAAAUCAUACUCAAAUAUUAUUAGAAUUCUAUAGAACCAUGGACCCUCAUCCUGACUUCGAAAAUGUGGAUGAAGAUGGAUACACUAAAUUAAACUUUAACACUCAAGAUGCUACCAGAUCACCUGUGGGCUCCAAGAAAGGACUCUCAGGAAUUCCUGCUGCAUCUCCUGCUUGGCGGCUCAUUGCUGUGAUUUUGGGAAUUUUAUGCUUGAUUAUUCUAGUGAUAGCUGUGGUCUUGGGUUCCUUGGCAUUUUGGCGAUCCAAUUCAGGGAGCAAUCUUUUGGAGAAAGACAACUCUCUGUCAAGAAACAAAGAGUACCAAAAUCAACCCACAAAAUCAUCUUUACAAGAGAAUGCGGCUUCUACCAAAGCUUUCAAAACCACAGGAGUCUUUUCCAGCACCUGCCCGCCUAAUUGGAUUGCACAUGAGAAGAGCUGCUAUCUCUUUAGCAUUUCACUAGAUUCCUGGUACGGAAGUAAGAGAAGGUGCUCUCAGCUGGGCUCUCAUCUUCUGAAGAUAGACACCUUGAAAGAAUUUGAUUUUAUAGUAGGACAAAUGUCUUCCUAUCCUAAUAAUUCUUUUUGGAUUGGCCUUUCUCGCAAUCAGACUGAGUCAUUAUGGGUCUGGGAUGAUGGAUCGACUUUUUCUUAUAACUUUUUGCAAAUCCGAAGUACAGCUACCCAGGAAAACACACCUCACAACUGUGUAUGGCUUCAUGUGGGAAACGCUUAUGACCAACCCUGUAAUAUUCUUUCAUUUAGUGUCUGUGAGAGGCUGCUGUCAGGGUGAGGAAACACAGGAGAAAAAUAUCUGGGAUUUAAGCAUGACAAGAAAACAGUACAACAGUGUGGUAUGUGAGUUCAAAAUACAGAAAAGGUUAACAGAUUGAUAAAUUUUAAUAUUAGCUGAGAAACAGACUGCAAGGCUCUGAUUUCUGUACUUGUCAACUGCAUGAAGAAACUAGUAUUAAGUUAUAGUAAACAGAGUCCUAGACUUGGAUCCAAGGCAACCAAGGUUGAAAUUUGGUUGCAAGAUUGACUUAGUAUUUUUGAGACAUAAACCACAAGGCUUUGGUGCUUCAAGGGUAUUUUAAUUUGUGGAUCUUCCAGAAUUGUUCCUUGUUCUCAGAAAGCGACCAUAGAGUAUGCAUUGUGUAUUUCCAUGACUUGUUCCAGAAUUUUGAACAUAACAGACAUGGGUAGAAGACAAAAGGUACAGUGAUGUCUCUGUUCAUGAACGCUUGUAUUUGCAAACAAUUUUGUUCAUAAACCAAAGAAUUUGGCAAUUUUUGUUUAUUUGGUUUGUGAACUCUGAAUCAGAUGACGAACAUGACCACAGUCAUCUUCCUGCAUGACCAUGAGUGUGGUCACCAUCAAUUCGAGAACCAUGGAAUACAUUACGUUUAUGAAAUGAGGGACAAUUGUACUUCUGAACCACUAAAUGAAGGAAUAAGAAAAAACUUCACUAAAAUCAGUUAUUGUUUUCAUCAAUGUGAUUAUGGUUAUGAUUAUUAUCAUCAAAAAGUACCAACUCCAGCUUCUUUUCUCAAUUAAAUAACUCAGAUAGGACUACGUCUCUAAUAGAAUCCUGUGUAACGUAUUGGAAAGCUACUCUUAUGGGAAAGCUUUGUCCUUUUUAAAGUAUUAUAAAGAAAAAAAAAGAUCUGAAAAUGAUUUUAAAACAGAAGCAGGCUCAUUGCCAACAGUGUUAGUAUUUUGGAGGACACGUUUUGCUAUUUUUAUGAUGCAUUAUUUUAUAAUUUUACCUAUUCCUUAGGUAAAAUCCUUUACCUAUACCUAUUACUAUAAAAGUAUUAUUAUAAUGUAAGUAUAUUUCUUUAUGUGCUGGUUGAUCUCUCUUCUUUUACACUUUCCCAUUGGUUCUAGUAAAGAUAGAAAAACUGAGGCUGAGAGACCACUUACUUCCACCCAUUUUAAUUUGGGCAACACUCCAGGGCCAGUCCUCUUCCACUGCUCUAAGAGAAGCAGAAAUAAAAUAAUAAAGAUCAAAGAAAUCUUGAAGAUCGAGGCCUGACAUAUUUAUGUUAAAACUCAUGGUCUGACCUUCAGUAACCAUCUCUCUAUUUGAACUUUCUUAAAGAUUCAUAGAUACGGACUGCAUGCCAUUUAUAUAAUUUAGUCAGAGUGAACUCUGGGAAUGCAUGCAUAUUGAAAGCCUCUGAAGAUGACUCAGUACAUUGUCAGUCAUUCUGGUCACUCUUAUCCAGAAAUCCAUUGUGAGGCACCAGGCCUGAGGUACAUAUCUUUUAAAAUCCAAAUUUGCAACGUAUCUAUGUGCUGUGCUUUUUGUUUCCAUGUCACCCCAGUACCACUUUGCUGAUCAUACUUGUCCUAAACACACUUUCCCAUUAUCUUAAAAAAAUAUAGCUGAAUUUUCUUUUACCAGUGGAUAAACCCUUCCAAUUCUUUGUUAGCCAUACACAAGAGUCUGGGAUCUAUGCAUUAGAUCCACUAUGUGGUAACAGUAGUGUUAAUACUGGACUGUGAGGAUUUCUGUAUUGUUGAGAGACACUUGUUACUUUGUUAAUAUGUGAAAAGAAAUUGAGUCAAAAAUCACUGAAUUUUUCAUAAAUGUAAUUUUGUAUUGUGUUGAUUUUACUUCAGUGUAAAUAAAAUGCUUAUUAAAGAACCUUA